AAAUCGUAACAGGGAAAAUCGAAGAACGGAGAGAGAUUGCAGAUGAGAGAGAGAGAGAGAGAGAGGGAGGGAGAGAGACUCAUUUCCUUUUCUUACAAACCCUAGCUCCGGCGCUCCGCUUUUCCUUAUCGUCGUCGCCUCUGCAUUUUACCGCCAUUUCCGAGAUGGACUGGUUCAAUUAGAGGCCUUCCAGUGGAGUAAUAAUACUUAUGUUGAGCAGAUUUGGUGUUGUAUUAUUUCGAGAGGCAUUCAGACAGAGUUCACAUCCACCAUCGGCUUCAGUUUGCUCGCUGGCAAUGGUUGAGUUUCCAUUUUCUCCGUAAUUAUUGUAUUUGUCUACCGGUGAUAAGAAGUUGCUGGAAGCAUUCUUAGUCAGAUGUCAGAAGGCGCCAUGGCAGUUGUCAAACCAGAGAUGAAAUCAUACAUCUGGCUCCAAACUGUUGAUGGAUCAAUACAACAAGUGGAAGAAGAGGUUGCCAUGUUUUGUCCAAUGAUAUGUCGAGAAGUACUCCAAACUGGGAUGGGUUCUUCCAAAAACUAUGCUAUCUUACUUCCACAACGAGUUAAUCCUUCUAUAUUAGGCUUAAUACUCGACUACUGUCGGUUUCAUCAAAUACCAGGACGCUCCAAUAAGGAGCGCAAAACAUUUGAUGAGAAGUUCAUCCGGAUGGAUACUAAAAGGCUGUGUGAAUUGACAUCUGCUGCUGACAGCCUUCAGUUAAAACCUUUGGUGGAUUUGACCAGUCGUGCACUUGCUCGAAUCAUCGAAGGAAAGACGCCUGAAGAGAUACGUGAGACAUUUCAUUUGCCCGACGAUCUUACCGAGGAGGAGAAGUUGGAGCCCUUGAGAAACAUUACUGAUGAUCCACGAAUUCGGUUGCUAAAUAGGUUAUAUGCAAGAAAAAGAAAAGAACUAAAAGAACGAGAAAAGCUUAAGAAUGCUGAGGUUGAGGAGGAGCAGGUGGAUGAUCGCUCGGUAGAUGACCUCUUGUCAUUUAUAAAUGGCGGAGAUGGAGACACAAAGGGAGUUAAAACUAGCAAGAAUAAGAAGAAAAACCGGAGGCGAAAGGAGCAAAGAGAUUCUUCCUCAAAUAAGGCCGACGAGAAUCUUCAAAAUGAAGUGGAUACUGCUCCGUUGACUCAAAAUAAUGCUGAAGUCAAUGAUAUUUUGGUGGCCACCCCGAGCAAAGCCUCGAAAGUCCAGGAUUUUUCUGGCUGCGCAUUCUCACAGAAACUUGAAUUUGAUGAUAGUUUCAUCGAUGAUGAUUUAGAUCCUGCCAUGAAGGAAGAACUUGACAGAGAAGUCGAGGAUUUUGCACGGAGAUUAAACUCGGGUUGGCCUGAGAGGAUGCAGGAAAUCUUGUCUUUGGGCCAAGAGAGGAAGUUAAUACCGUCAUCUAUGAAUGGCAACAGUUCCAGCAGAAAAUGCAUAACUACAGAUUGGCGAUACUAACAUUGUUCCAAGGCUCAGCUUCUCACACCAUGUAAAGAUAUGAACUGAAUUGCCAUCUCAUGCAAUAGUUCAUGUAUUAGCAGGUUUGAAUCAGAGAUAGAAACAUAAUCAUCGGCGGUUUUCCCUCUGGAACAUGGAGCCCCUCGCAUGAAUUGGGAGAGGAUGCUAAGCGGGCUUCCUGCCCGGAGAUCGGCACCUUUUUUUCUGGUGAGUGGGGGCUGCGUGUUGCAGAUCUGAUGUCUUUUCUUACACAUCAUCAGAGUUGGUCUUUAUUUCGAUAUCUCCUGAAAAAGAGAGUGAAAGAUGAACGAGAGAACAGAAAGGGGGAAAAAAAGGGAAAGAGCACUGCAGGGGAUUGAAUGGAUUAUCAUAAGUAGAUCCUGCUCAUGUGCCUUUGAUCCUUUCUUUCUUGUUGGGAUUCUAUGCAACUGUCAAGCAAUGGCUUAGUUCCUUCUUGUAAGCUGUUUUGGUGGCAAUCAUUUGUUCUUUUCUUUGUUACCUUCCUUUAGUCAUAAAAUUUUCCGUAACGGCAAAUAGCUCGUAUGGGUUGUUUAGGAACACUAGUGAGCAAUUGUUCAAUAAAGUUUCAAUUGUUUUUAUAUCUGUU